AUGCGGUGUGGCUGCAGCCAGGGUGGCCCCACACGCCUGUAUGGACACCCCGGCCCCUCCGCGGGCAGCCCCAGACGGCCCCGCCUGGCACCAGCCCCUCUAACCCCCUCUCUCUCGCUCUCUCUAGGAAGUAAAACCCAAGGCGUGGUGCAAGGCGUCACCUCAGUGGCUGAGAAGACCAAGGAGCAGGCGUCCCAGCUGGGGGGGGCCGUCAUCUCAGGGGCUGGGAACAUCGCGGCCGCCACCGGCCUGGUCAAGAAGGAGGAGUUCCCCACUGACCUGAAGCCUGAGGAGGUCGGGCAGGAGGCUGUGGAGGAGCCGCUGAUUGAGCCUCUGCUAGAGCCAGAGGGUGAGAACUACGAGGAGCCGCCUCAGGACUAUCAGGAGUACGAGCCGGAGGCGUAAUGGCUGCGCCCACCCCGCCACCUCCACCAGCAGCACAAUAAUGACAAUACCCCCUUGUGCCCCUCCCCGGCCUCUCCCCAGGCAGGUGCCAGCGCAGGGGGCGAUGGCAAUCCCCUGCCCCAUUAAGUCACAAGUUCUUCCUGCAGCCCCGCGCCCAGGGGCCUCGCCGGAGGCCGUGUUGCUGUAUCGUGUCCUGUAGUGUAAAGAGAAACUCGUCCUGCAGCCGCCCGCGCCAUGUCCGCCCGGCCCGGCUUAUCGCCCUGCGUCCCUCCCAGCGCCAUAAGCCCGGCUGGCCCCAUGUCCGGCCCCAGCAUGUUUCACUGAGCCGAGCGGCCCGGCCGGCGGGAGCCCUGGUGUGGCACGCGCCCCUGGGGCUGCUGUACAUUUGCUUGCACGCGCCUCCCGGUGAUUCUGCGCCCGUCUUCAUGGAACUUUUUUUGAUAUUCUGAUGGAUGGUUUAUG